AUGCAAAGUCUUACACUGCCAACACCUAUUUGGACAACCCCACUAACACCAGUGUCUGAUCACAUUCGGAAUUAUGUUAUUAACACUAACCCUGUUGGUUCGAAUGCAACUAUGUAUUGCAGCGAUAAGGAACCAAAUAAAGUUUAUGUUUUUCGUGGAGGUUUCCUUCAGUCCGUCGCCGUGAUUCCUGCAGAACUGUAUUCCUCUAAUCCCGCUAACGAUAUGCGCCAGACUACUAUAAACAGUGAGAGCAUGGAUCAGCCAACACUUCAGACGUCGAUAAAUAUUCCGACAGUAUCAUACAUAAAUCUGGUUGUGCAGCAGGUUGUACCUGUGAAGCCACAAGUGAUUUCCGUGGUUCCAAUAAAAGCGGCAAAUUAUUUAUCAAAAAGUGAAAAAAUUCAAAACAAGAAGAAAAGUGCCGAGAAUGCUAGCAGCCUUCAGCUUGUUCCAAGACACCCUUGCGCAAUAAUGCCAGCGAUGCGUUUAGAAACUGAGAGGGAGAUACAACAACGCAAGCGCCACAAGGAAGGUGUUUAUAAAACUGUACUUUGCCUGCCAUUCAAGGAGACAGGAUUUUGCAAAUUCGGUGUCAACUGCUGUUUUGCUCACGGUGAGGAAGAACUCAGAGCUCCUUCGCAGAAAAAGGAGCCCGAGACAAGUAAACCUUUGACGGUUCUGCCCAGACCAGUUCGAGGGGGACCAAAAAACUCGACUUCUGGUAGAAGUGAUAGAAGUAAUGACACUUUUCAAUCGUACAGCUGUUUUGACAGCUCAGACACAAGUACAAAUUUUGGUUCUCUACCCAGCUCAUACACAACACGUUCUAUGUUCUUGAACUCUGAGGAAGAUGGUGAAAAAGUGCAGAAUUGCGAGAAGCGUGUUUACGCAAAGAGCUUUCCUUCGUGUGUCCGACAAAUUCGAAGAGAGCUGAGUCCAGAUGGUGCAGAUGAUAAUAAUCUCAGUUCUGAACCAAUAGAAGAAAAUCCGGAUCUCCUUGAAUUGGUUGAACAAAUGUAA